ACGUCAACACUGCAACAUGGCUGAACCGGAGGAAACGUCGCCGUUGUCUUCUCCUUCUCCGCCCAUGUCUUCUCCGGUACCGUUAGAGGAAGAGGAAGCAGACAGUUGGGAGGCUGAUCUCGCCGAGGCUCUGGAUGCAGGAGGCUGCGACCUCGAGACGGUGAGGAAUAUUAUUCAAGGGCGGACAGUUCCUUCAGAUCUCAGACCGAAAGUAUGGAAGAUCGCUCUGAACGUGGCAGGGAAAGGAGACAGCUUAGCCUCGUGGGAUGGUUCUUUAGAUCUUCCAGAACAGCCAGAGAUUCACAGAGACUGCCAAAAUCUAAUUGACCAGCUCGCGGUGCCGGAGGAGAGGAGGUCCGCCGUGCUCCAAGAUGUGGAGGCUGUGGUUACCUUUUACUGCAAAUCCAGAAACGUUAAGUACCACACAGAGGUCAGCUGGAUACAUCUCCUGAAGCCACUGGUGGAUCUGCAAAUGGCUCGCAGCGAUUUAUACAACUGCUUCUAUGCAAUCAUGAAUAAAUACAUCCCCAGGGAUUGCUACAAAAAAGGGAAACCGUUUCACUUAUUCCGGUUGCUCCUGCAAUAUCACGAGCCAGAGCUUUGUUCCUUCCUAGACACAAAAAAGAUUACGCCGGACCUCUAUGCACUGAACUGGUUUGGGAGUCUGUUCGCGUAUCACUGCUCGGUCGACGUUACCCAAGCCAUCUGGGACAGUUACCUGCAGCAGGCCGACCCCUUCUUCAUGUACUUCCUAAUGCUGAUCAUGCUUGUCAACGCAAAAGACGUCCUACUGACGCAGCAAACUGACAACAAAGAAGAUCAUAUAAAAUUUCUGGAAAGCUCUCCUUCAAAUCUUGAAGCGGGCGACAUUGAGGACCUUUUCCAUUUAGCACAGUAUUACUACAGCAAAACUCCAGCCUCGUUCCGCAAAGAUCACCAGAACCUGUUCGGGCGCAGUCUGAUCGCUCUCAAAGAUGACUCGGAUCUGAGCCAGGCUCUUUGUAUGGCGGUGUCUGUAUCCGAGAUUCUUCAAGCAAAUCAGCAACAAGGGGAUGGAGUACGGUUCUUUGUAGUGGAUUGUCGACCUGCGGAACAGUAUAAUUCCGGUCACCUGGCUACAGCUUUUCACUUGGAUUCUGACCUGAUGUUGCAGAACCCAGGAGAGUUUGCUCUGUCCGUGAAGUCGCUGCUUGAAGCCCAGAAGCAGUCCAUCGAGUCCGGCUCUGUGGCCGGGGGAGAGCACUUGUGUUUUAUGGGCAGCGGCAGGGAAGAAGAAGACAUGUACAUGAACAUGGUUCUAGCUCACUUCUUACAGAAAAACAAGGAAUAUAUAAGUAUAGCCAAAGGGGGAUUCAUGGUGCUGCAGCAGCAUUUAGCAGACAUUAACGUGGAAGGACCAGAUAACGGAUACGGUCACUGGAUCGCUAGUACUUCUGGGUCACGGAGCAGCACGAGUUCCUAUACCGACGGGGAAUCACCUAAUGGCGCAGGCGAUGGGAGAGGGGUGAAGUCCCUGGUAAAUAAAAUGACAGUGGCUUUAAAAACCAAGUCUGUGAACGUGAAAGAAAAAGUCAUCAGCUUCAUUGAGAAUUCCUCCACGCCAGUAGAAAGAAUCUCUUUCAAUCUGCCAUGGCCAGAGAGGGCGAGUUUGGAGCGGCACAUAAGCAGCAGCGAUAGAUUGGGCAAGCCGUAUCGGGGCGUAAAACCUGUUUUCAGCAUUGGCGAUGAAGAAGAGUAUGACACAGAUGAAGUUGAUAGCUCUUCCAUGUCUGACGACGAUCGCAAGGAAAUCGUUAACAUCCAGACCUGGAUAAACAAGCCUGAUAUCAAACAUCAUUUCCCAUGUAAUGAAGUGAAAGAAAAUGGGCACAUGUUUCCAAGCCACCUGUUAGUAACUGCAACCCACAUGUACUGCCUGCGGGAGAUUCCGUCCCGAAAGGGAUUCGCAUAUAUACAGUCCAGACAAGCACUAAGCUCCGUCGUGAAGAUCACAUCGAAGAAGAAACAUCCUGAACUUAUAACCUUUAAAUAUGGAAACAGCAGUUCCUCCGGCGUGGAAAUCUUAGCUGUGGAAAGGUAUUUAAUUCCUAACGCGGGAGACGCCACCAAAGCCAUAAAACAGCAGAUCAUAAAAGUUCUAGAUGCCUUAGAAAGCUAACAGCUAGAUCCUCUCUACAUACUGUAACCGGACGCUGACGGCAGAAGGAGAGAACUUUACUCGUCUCAUGUUGGGGGUAACACAAUGGUUUUGAAUUAUUUAAUUUUUGGGGGGUUCUGUUUCAUAACACUCCCUUUUGCAUAGGUUUUUGUAUAAUAAUUUUGAGACAAGCAACAUUGCACCGAAAGGACUGUUAGAAAACAUUAUAAGGAAGGAUUUUCUGAAACGCUGAAGGAAA